AUGCAUAGCCCCAUCCAGGAAGAAGCUCUGAUGUGUGAAUCCUCCCAAGCCCCCCAACAGGGCUCUCUCAGGAAGGCCGUGGCUGCUGCCCUGGCCCUGGAUGGGGAAUCCACAAUGGGUUGCAGGAAAGAGUCCCGCCCAAAAUCUAUCAUCAUCUCCUGGUCAGAAAAUGAGAAACUGGAGGAGCCUGGGGAACUAGAAGGUGGAGACCAGCCUGAUGAAGAGGAGGCAGAUGAUUUUCUAGACUAUCCUACGGAUGAUGACAUAUGGAACAUGCCCAUGGACAGCUGCUAUGUCACAUUAACUGGCACCAUCAUACCAGGAAAGAAAAAGGGCCAGAUGGUGGACAUCCACGUCACACUGACAGAGAAGGAGCUGCAAGAAUUGACCAAGCCUCAAGGGUCAUCAAGGGAGAUAACACCUGAAGACAUAAAGGCCUGCCAAAUGGGAGGAGACCGUGGGCCCUGUUUGGUCCUCUGGACGCUGGUCGGUCUGCCUGUGGUCUUUAUUCUCUCUUUUGUUGUCUUUCUUUCUUCCUUUCUUAUCUAUUUAUUUAUUUUUGUUGUUGUCUCUUUCUACUAUGGCACUAUCACCUGGUACAACAUCUUCCUUGUGUAUAACGAGGAGAGGACCUUCUGGCACAAGAUCUCAUGUUGCCCUUGCCUCAUUCUCUUCUAUCCAGUGCUCAUCAUGGCCAUGGCCUCUUCCCUGGGCCUCUAUGCCGCUGUGGUCCAGCUCUUAUGGUCCAGGGGAGCAUGGUGGCAAGCUGCCCGGGACAUGGAGAAAGGCUUCUGUUGGCUCUGCAGCAAGCUAGGUCUGGAGGGCUGUUCUCCCUACAGCAUUGUAGGGUUGCUUAAAUCGGACAAUAUUCCAGGCAAUCUCUCCAACAAGGACCCCACCCAGGAAGUAGAAACUUCCACUGUCUAAACUUCCAAAAACUUAUGUCCUUCUCUCAUCUCAGUAGCCUAUAUGUUGUCUUCCAAUUGCAGAAGAUUCUUGCUUUAAAUUAGCCCCCUACCUCUUUCAGUUCUGGAAAAUUGUAGCCCCACUGUUCUGUUCUACCAUCUCAGUGGUUCCAGGAGGGCAGGGAACAGAAAAGCAAUUUAUGCCAAAGCUGUCUAUCCAUGGAUGAAUUCUCAUUUCCUGCCCUAAAAUAACCAUUGAUCUGGGACAAGGAGCUCAGUUUUAAGUUCAGGAGUUUGAAGAUGUUACCGGUCCCUGGAAACCAGGGGAGUAUGUGACUAAAUGUGACAGGGGAAAACGGAGGCUCCAGGGAGACCAAGUUCACCAAAAAGAUCAUAAGUAGGAUGGAGAGAAACACUUAGGACAGGGCUACCACAGUACAGCAGGAU